UCUAAUUUUCCAACAAAAUCCACUUGUAUAAUACAAGUAUUUUACUAAAAAUCAAUUUUAACUCUUAUAAAGUACGGAGUAAAUUUUUUAACAACAGUACCUAAAAGAACGGAGAGAGUAAUAUACAAUUAAAAAUAAUUUAAAGAGAACAUACUGAAGAGAACAAAUUGAUCAAAAAUCCUCAUCAUCAAGACAACCAAAAAGACAGUCAUCUUCCAACCCCAAAAUUCCUUCACUCCUAAAAAGCCCCAAAAAUUAACAAACAAACAGACAAACCCUAGAAAAUUUAAAUUUUAAAAAAUAAAAAAGCCAUUUUCCUACCUCAUUAUAUAAAUAACCCAAACUUACCAAUUUCAAAAUCUACUUCUUCUUCAAUUCAUUCUACCACAAAUUAAAAUAUGCAGCAAUUUUCAGAUGAAUUUCCAAAUAAUACAACUUCAUCGGAAAUGGAGAUUUACCGGUAUUUAACCGGCGCCGGAGUAAACGACGUCGUUAAUUGGCCGGCGAAGUAUAAUAAUAAUAAUAAUAAUACUAAUAAUAAUAAUUACAGCAGUAGUGGAAGCUGCAGCGCGUCGUUUUAUACAGGGUUACUGAAUGAAACGACGGAAGCAAAAGCGUUAGCUGCUUCAAGGAUUCAUCAUAAAGAAGCUGAGAAAAGGAGGAGAGAGAGAAUUAAUUCUCACCUUGAUCGUCUUCGUUCUAUUCUUCCCUGCACUUCUAAAACAGACAAAGCAACGCUCCUUUCCAAGGUGGUUCAGCGAGUGUUGGAGCUAAAACGGCAAACCUCGGAGCUUAAUGAGCUAGACAACUUAAUGAUACCGUCUGAAAACGACGAGUUUGCCGUUUAUAUUCAUAAUAAUAACAAUAACAAUAACAACAAUGACGAUGAUAAUCAAUGCGAUACUGAAGAUGGUGACAGUAAUAAUAAUAAUAAUAGUAAUAGUAAUAAGCUUAUUUUGAAAGCCUCAUUGUGUUGUGAAGAUAGGCCUGAUCUAUUUGCUGAUCUUAAUGGGGUGUUGAGCUCUUUAAAUUUAAAGACUCUUCGGGCCGAGGUUUCGUCCCUUGGUGGUAGGAUUCAAAGUGUGUUCAUUGUUAGCGCGGAUAGUAGUGUGCAAAGCGAUGAAUGUGCUGUGUUUCUGAGGGAUGCGUUGAAGGGAGUUGUUCAACGAUCGGGGUCUGAUGAACGGUUGAAGCGGAGGCGUAGGGUGUUUGAUACGGCUGCUGAAUGCUAACUGCAAGGAUAUGUUUUUUUUAUGAUAUGCUUGGUUGGUUGGCUAUAGUAGUAUGUGUGGGGUGUAUAUGUGCAUGUAUUUUCUUAACUUGUGUGGGAGUUUGGGUUAUUUGGAUUUGUAGUGCUAAUGUAAGUGUUAAAUUUGUAUCCAUUUUAUGUGGUUUUCUUGUUAUUUGGGUUUAAGGGGGUAUAAGAUGGAGUAUAAGAUUGUUGUAAUUUGUAAACAGUUUUGAAUGCAAGAAUUAUUCUGUUCCGAGCGCUUCGUUUA